GGGCCGGGCCUUCUUAAGGGAGCUGGCGCUCCAUUUGCAGCACUGCAGGAAACUUCUGUGGGUCACUUUGGUGCUGCCUGUCUCCUGUCCCCGCCGCUGCUUCUGCUGCCAUCAUGUCCUCUCUGAAGUCUCGGGUCCGGCCCGCCACGGUGCUGGGCGCCAUGGAGAUGGGGAACCGCAUGGACGCGUCCUCCGGCGCCGCCUCGGUUCGCGUCUUCCUGGAGCGCGGCCACACCGAGAUAGACACGGCCUUCAUCUACAGCGAUGGCAACUCCGAGACCAUCCUGGGCGGCCUGGGGCUCGGGCUGGGCGCCCCAGACUCCAAAGUGAAAAUUGCCACCAAGGCCAACCCAAUAGGGGAGAACUCACUGAAGCCUGACAGUUUACGGUCUCAGCUGGAGACAUCACUGAAGCGGCUGAAAUGUCCCCGAGUGGACCUCUUCUAUCUGCACCUGCCUGACCAUGAGACCCCCAUAGAGGAGACACUGCGGGCCUGCCACCAGCUGCACCAGGAGGGCAAGUUUGUGGAGCUUGGCCUCUCCAACUAUUCUUCCUGGGAGGUAGCUGAGAUCUGUACCUUGUGCAAGCAGAAGGGCUGGAUCCUGCCCACCGUGUACCAGGGCAUGUACAAUGCCACCACCAGGCUGGUGGAAAAAGAGCUCUUCCCGUGCCUGAGGCACUUUGGAUUGAGGUUCUAUGCCUUCAACCCUUUGGCUGGUGGCCUGCUGACUGGCAGGUACAAGUUCGAGGAUAAGGAUGAGAAACAGCCUGUGGGCCGCUUCUUUGGGACUAAAGGAUCUGAGAUCUCUAAGAAUCGCUACUGGAAGGAGCACCAGUUUAAGGCCAUCGCCCUGGUGCAGAAGGCCCUGCAGGCCGCCUAUGGCGCCAGCGCCCCCAGCAUGACCUCGGCCACCCUGCGUUGGAUGUACCACCACUCCCAGCUGCAGGGCACCCACGGGGACGCAGUCAUCCUGGGCAUGUCCAGCGUGGAGCAGCUGCAGCAGAACCUGGCCGCUGUGGAGGAAGGGCCCCUGGAGCCGGCUGUGGUGGAGGCCUUUGAUCAAGGCUGGCACCUGGUUGCCCACGACUGUCCCAACUACUUCCGCUAGGCCCCAUGUGACUGAAGGUGCUGGGGGCGUCUCUGUCACCCUCUGAUGCUCUGGCCCUGGCCAUUUUGCGUGAAGCUGCCUUAGCAUGGCCUUUUCUGAUUGCCUUAAUCAGGCAGUGUACUAGAACCCUGCACUGCCCCUGGCUGUGCUGGCAGCAUGGAGAGGCCGGGCCUGAGUCCUACAGGAGCAGUUCUGUCUCAAUAAAGCAGUCCUGGGCCCAGCCGCCAUUCUGGCCUGGUGACACACCAGCUCUUUUGUCUGGCUGCUGUCCCUGCUAUUGUCACCCUGCCUGGGGAGUCUCUGCGAAAGGGUGGAGCCGUGAGCUGGAGUCUCCAGAGGGCAGAGGGUAUUGCAAAGGUCUCCUGGAUUCUUCUCCUGAGCCCAGACUGACCUCUCUGUCUCCUACAGGUGAGGAGAACAGUGGGCCAGGCACCGUGCAGUAGCUUUUCUGUCAUUCAGGAGUGCAGCAACAAAUACUCCAGAAUGGGGCAAUUUGGGCAAAAAUUACAAUUAAAGACACCACUAAGAUGAAAAAUGACA